CCUCCCGCCUGCAGCUGCAGUGACAGGCGAGCCGGGCCCGGUGGCGGAGAGGAAGUGCGGGGCCGCCGCGCCGCGCCGAGCCAGUCCCAGCCGAGGCCGGCUCCCGGGCGGCUCGGGUGACAGUGUCGCGGCCGCCGGGCGCAGCGCCGGGCACGCGCCGGGCAGAGCCGAGCGCCAGGCGGACGCUUCAGCAGAGACGCGGGGAAAAUGGCUGAUGACUUUGGCUUCUUCUCGUCGUCGGAGAGCGGGGCGCCCGAGGCGGCGGAGGAGGACCCGGCGGCUGCCUUCCUGGCCCAGCAGGAGAGUGAGAUCGCGGGCAUAGAGAAUGACGAGGGUUUCGGGGCACCUGCCGGCAGCCAUGCGGCCCUCUCCCAGCUGGGACCUGCGAGUGGGGCUGGUUCUGAGGACAUGGGGACCACCAUCAAUGGAGAUGUGUUUCAGGAGGCUAACGGUCCAGCAGACGGCUAUGCGGCGAUUGCCCAGGCUGACAGACUGACUCAGGAACCUGAGAGCAUCCGCAAGUGGAGAGAGGAGCAGAGGAAACGGCUGCAGGAGCUGGAUGCUGCCUCCAAGGUGACAGAACAGGAGUGGCGGGAGAAAGCCAAAAAGGACCUGGAGGAGUGGAACCAGCGCCAGAGUGAGCAAGUUGAGAAGAACAAGAUCAACAACCGGGCAUCUGAGGAGGCUUUCGUGAAGGAAUCCAAGGAGGAGACCCCAGGCACAGAAUGGGAGAAGGUGGCUCAGCUGUGUGAUUUCAACCCCAAGAGCAGCAAGCAGUGCAAAGACGUGUCCCGCCUGCGCUCAGUGCUCAUGUCCCUGAAGCAGACGCCGCUGUCCCGCUAGGUGCCUGUUACAAGCAUGGCCACAAAGCAUGGGCUGGGCCUGGGCACAGGAGGAGCAGCUGCUUCAGCCAGGGGGGGCAGCACCUCCAGCAGCUGCUACACAUAGCCUAUUCCGUUCCUCCCCAUCUCCCGGGGCUGGGAAGGGAACCCUCACCCCUCUCACCCCAUUUCCUCCUAGCCCUGUGGCCCAGCCCUUCACACCUCCUCUCAGUCCACAAAAUUGUGACUGUCCCUCCUGACGUAUUUUUUUUUCUUGGCUUAAAGGGUGUGUUGUUAA